AUGUUUUACCAACCUGGAAUCACCGAGCAUAACCUUCCCCAUGACCCUUUCAAGGCGUGCGUCGUCCCUCGUCCCAUUGGCUGGAUAUCGACCAAAAACAAACAAGGCCGAGCAAAUCUAGCACCCUACUCCCAGUUCACAAACCUGACAUUCGACCCACCCUACGUUGUCUUCUCCUCCAACCAAACGGUAACAGGAGAACGCAAAGACACAGUCAUCAAUGCCGAACAAACGGGCAGCUUUGUCUGGAACCUGGCAACCUGGGACACUCGCGAAGCAAUGAACAUAACCGCCGAACAAACUCCCUACGGCGUCGACGAAUUCGAACGCGCCAACCUGGAAAAGGAGCAAGCCACUUUGGUUGAUGUCCCUAUGGUCAAGCAGUCGCCUGUCAAGUUCGAGUGCCAGUAUCACACCACUCUUCGUCUGCCUGGUAACCCUCCCAUGGGCACUGUCGACAUCAUCAUUGGCAAGGUCAUUGCCGUUCAUGUCGCUGAUGAGGUUUUGACGGAUGGUAUCCUGGAUGUUGCUAAGACUCAGCCUAUUGCGCGCUGUGGAUACUACAAGUAUGCCGUCAUCCGGGAGACCUUUGAUAUGAUUAUUCCCAACAUGUCUAAAGAUGUGCUUUACGGAUUGGAAGGCAAUGCUGCCAGGAAUCGACAGAGAAAUGUUGAGUCUGGAGAGGAGGGGUUCCAGCAGCAAUAA